GGUAGAUAAAGGCCUAACGAGACGUAUUAGAGCUUGGACAGUCGCUCGGUAGCUUGGCAAUGCUGUAACAUAUUAGGUGGCCAAAUGGAGACAGGAAAUUUGAACAGCAGUUGUGGAUUUGCCGAUUCGUUUUCGUCGAACGAGGUUCUGAUUCAAGUUACUGUACUGGGUGUGAUCCUAGCCCUGGCUCUUGUAGGAAAUGUGUUACUCAUCUACGUGGUGUUGAAAAACAAAUGUUUAAGGAAGAGUAACUGUAACGAUGUAUUUUUACUGAACUUGGGUAUUUCUGACAUGAUUAUACCUUUGGUGAUACUGCCAAGAGAGAUUGCAGUGUACUACAAUCAGGAAGACUCGUGGCCCUUUGAUCUUGUGUGGGGUGGUUUUACUUGUAAGGUGUAUACCUUCCUCRAAAAUCUUUCCCCCAGCGUCACCGUCCUCACGCUAAUCUCCAUGACCAUUGACCGAUUCUUUGCUAUAGUUUACCCAACAAAGAUCAAGCUAAUAUCUAAUAAAAUUCGCAAAAGUAUGAUGRUUUCUACUUGGGUCAUCGGCAGCGCGACCAGCUCUACUUAUCUCUUUACGAUGAGCAUCAAGAAAGACAGUCAAGGAAAUAAAGAAUGCAUUUUGGAAUGGCCAAGAAGAGGCUCACUUGCAAUUGAAGAUUCAAACAAYAUAUUCAUGAUUUUCAAUCUCCUUUUCUACUUCCUAAUUCCUCUUUUUCUCAUGAUAAUUCUUUACAGUCUCAUUCUUUCCAAGCUGAAAACCAAAUGCCAUGUACACUCAUCCCAGAUGGCUAGAAAAAGAAUGGGGGUAGCAAGGAGAGUCACACUCAUGACCGUUUGUGUAAUUGGGAUUUUUUUGGUUUUCUUUGGACCUUAUUAUGUCCUAAUGGCCUUCCUUGCAUUCUACUGGAAGUGGAACUAUCCGCCCUUAUGUUCAUGGCCGACUAUCAUUUUAACCGUCAGGUUUUUAGUKCUUUCUCAUGCGGGUGUUAAUUCUUUUAUAUGCGUCUUUCUUAUAGAAAGUAAUCGACGAAAAGUGGCUACAGCCCUAAUGAAAGCAGCGAGGGUUAUGACGUCAAGUCACCUAGGAAUGAAAAACAUACUUGGAUCUGCAAACUCUUGCAGCCUACGAAAUAUGACGGAGAAUAGAUCAGCCUCGAAUAUCAGGAUUGACGGAAGUCGAAUAAUAAUUCAUUGAGUCAAAAUUGGCUUUAUUGACUUUAAUUGAACAUAUAUCUUGUGGCGGCCAUAAACCACAGGAAAGGCCGGACAGUCGCCAAAAACAGUUAGGAAAGGGUUUGUUUUCGAAGAUUUAGGGCGAAAAGAUCAUAAUUUUCCAAGAGUCUAGUAGUCUAGGUACUGAAAUCCACCUGCUAGAUGGACUGACAUCGAAUCCUUCCCUUGAAGACUGUGACUUAAUUAAUUGCGCUUUCGUUCUGAAAGGUAGGCGUCAAUCUAAAUACUAUUUCUCCGAAACAGAGAUCUUGUCUCGGUGAAUCAGGAAAUAUGGGAGACUUAUUUAUGCUAUUGCCAUAAAAAACAAAACUGCACUAAAGCGUUUGUCUAAGAAGUUAGACAUUAUGGCACGAUCCCGCGUCUUGACUACUGAUUAAAGUCUCAAAUGAUAAUUGAAUGAAUUUUGUCACUAUCASAAACAACUUUAAAUCGUAUAAAAAUCUCUGAAUAGAGUGCAUUCAGCCAAACUGUUGAAUAGUUAGAUAAAUUUAUCUAACUUAGAUAACUAUUUAUUU